AACGUUAACAAUAAACAUUUAUCUUCUCCAAUCUCAGCCAUGUCGGCGCCUUGGCUCUCUGGUUCUGCAGUCUUGCUGUUAGUUCUUAGCCUCCAGCUCCACGUACAAUUAUCUGCUUCUAUAACGGAGGAAGCUUUAGUGACGGACCUAGUUUAUCUGGAUAUUGAUAUAGGCGGCAGGGAAGUCGGAAAGAUUGUAAUUGGAUUGUUUGGUGCAACCACACCAAAGACUGUGCAAAAUUUCAUCUCCCUUGCAAAGCAUGAAUAUGAUUUUGGCUAUCGGGAUUCAAUAUUUCAUCGGCUCAUACCAAAUUUUAUGAUGCAAGGAGGUGAUUUCACUAAAGGGGAUGGCACUGGUGGUUACAGUAUAUAUGGUCCUUAUUUCAAAGAUGAGAACUUUAUCCAUAAGCACUAUGGUUCUGGCUGGGUCUGCAUGGCUAAUGCUGGUGAGGAUACGAAUGGGUCUCAGUUCUAUAUCACAUUUGUUCAGACCCCUUGGAUUGACGGGACUCAUACUUGCUUUGGGAAAGUCUUAUUUGGAAUGAACGUAGUACGAGAAUGUGAAAAGGUUCCGACAGAUAAACAUGACAGGCCUCUUCAAAGAAUUCAGAUAUAUGACUCUGGGAUACUGCCUUUGACAAAGCCAUUUCUAGUUGCUAAGAGUAAUGCAGUUUUCAAUGAACUGGAUCAUUCUCUCGUUGGGCCCAUUUCUGAACCAACUCAUGGCGACGAUUUUGAGCCAGAAACAACACCCACUGAAGACUAUCAAUCUAUUUGAAAUUGUGAAAUGAUUUUUUUGUUUAAAAUAUUAAUUUAGAAAAUUGAAAA